AUGCUUUUGCCUAACCUUCCUUCAAUUCUCGAUGGCACCGACUGUAUUAAGAUCGGCGAGUUGACGUCAAUAAUUAUGAAGAUGGUAGGGUUUCAAUCAAUUAUUCGGCGGAACCCCAGGCGGCAAGGCAAUCUAGAGCUGUUGUUGAGAGGGAGCAGGAGCUUGAAUUCUAUCUUUUCGCCUAUCAAAGCUGAGGUCCUUCCCCAUUGGGCUAUAAGUUACAUCACAUUCCAUUCCAGUUUAACUGUUCCAACAUGCUACCACACUAGGAAGAAAAUAGAAGCUGAUGAUGGAAAACUCAUUGUCAUUAACAUCUAUUUCAUCAACUAUAAGGCCUACAAUUUAAUUCAACUCCUGACUCCAAAUUCAAUUCAUAUUCAAAUUAAUGACAUCCAAUCUUUGUUUCAGUACCUGUUAAUUGUUAUUGUGUCAAAAUGA